AUGAGCAAGCGUGAUUACUUUCUUCAGAAAGGUUUACAGAUGCAGCGUCUUGAUGAACAGAUUUCGUUUGCCCCCACAGGCAGCACUUCGUCACGUGAAGUGACUAAAUACCGUGAACUAUGUCCUCCUGGUACCCAAGACACUCAGAUUCAAAGAAUGAUUGGUCAGUGUAAAAGCGAUGCCCAACGCAUGGAGAAUGCCAUUAGCGAACUAUGGGAGGAUUAUCGUGGGCACGAACAGGACGAAGCCUGGGCCACUGUUUCUAAAAGGAAUAUUAAGAAGAAACAGGAUUAUUCGUCGCAGCGCUCUUAUUCGUCGCAAAAGACACAGCAACAGGACAAGCAUACUGAUGCGCCGCAGGAUGGCGAUGCACACACCCUCAGAUCAUCAGAACGGUUUUCCACGCGAGGCCGUGGCAGUAUGAGAGGCCGAGGCACGACCUCUUUGCGCGGCGGACGGGGAGGCCGCGGAGGUCGGGGGCAUAGCGGGUCUGUCGUAGCGACCAGCAGCACGCGUGCUAAUCGUGGCGGUGACAAGGAAGAAGACAGACCAGAGAAUGACGACGCCAUUUUCGAUGAUGCCGGCCCGUCAAAUAAAUCUCGCAUACAGCAGUCAUCAAAAGUGGCCAAAGAUUUGAAAAGAGACCGUGGAGCAAAAAGUACUACAACUAAAACGACCACCUCGCAGCCCGUUGUUCAGGCACCCCCUGUAGUCCACCCUGUAUUGACUGGCGCUUGGACAAAGAAGCUAAAUCGGAGCCUAAGCCGACGGGGGGUACCGGUAACGCCGGCUACAGAAAACGAUGCUACUACCGUUAUUUCCACGUCUGAGGAUUCUCAGUCUGUCAGCCCGAAGAAAAAGUCUCAGCAGGAAAGGAAGAAGAAGAGUAAGGAGACCCAGAAAUUUAGCACAAGGGAAACAGUCGGCGUUGUUGAAAAAAUUGAAAUAGUGGAGGCUACGGAGAAGAAAGCUAGCCCUCACGCUUCCCCGAAGAACACCACUCAAAAAAAGAAGACAAAAACUGCUGAGCCUAUCGUAGAGCGCUCUGCCUCUAAAGGUUCCGCUGGGUGGGGUAAUCUGGAUGUGUCCUCGUCAUCAAUCGACACGUGGUCUUCGACUGCUCCAGCAGAUGCCAUUGAGCCUACAAAGGUAUCGACGCCGAAUGUAUGGGCUCGUGAUAGCCCUGUUCUAUCUCCUCCUGCGAGCAAAAGGAACACUUCACCGCCAAAGUCACCGAUUGUCGAUGCAAGGACGAUAAAUGCUCCAGAGUCUCCGAGAGAUAUUGACGUGACUCGUUCUAGUGGAUCAGCAUCGAGUCCUCGGCCGUACCUUAAGAUGGGCAAGUGGGAUAGUGCCGCAACGCCGAACCUGUCCCUUCAGUUUGGUAGCUUUUCGCUGAGUGGCAUGGAUUCGCUUGAGCCUGCGUCACCGUGUGGCUGGGCCUCUGCGGUUACAACCACUGCGGCCUCUAACUCGAACAGUGGCGGCCAAGGUGUAGCUAAAUCCACCUCGACUCAAAGUGCCUGGGGUACUACUACCGCUUCACCGAAGAAAACACUGUCACCUGGGCGCGAUGAGCGCCAAUGUGUGCAGGAAGAAUCUGUAUCGAAAGCUACAGCCUCUGCGCCUCCUGGACUGUCAGUGGACUCGGGUCGUGAGACUCCUACCACAGUACAGUCUCCUCCGUAUGCACCAUCGGCUCCGUCUCCUGCAUCCCUGCCUAAGCCUGGCGAAGUGAAGCGUGGCACCCCUACGCGUGUUCAGGGAGGACCUUUUCAGGCUCAAAGCGGAGCUGCAGCGCAGAAGAUGAAUAUUGGCUACGGAACGGGUCUGUAUCAGUCAUCGUAUGGCCAGUACUCGAUAGAUCUUGGUCGAGCUGCUGCGACACCGACCCCAAGCCAACUCGUGGCUGGCUCAGGAACUCCAAAGAGCGCUGGAGCUCGCGGUGGUGUUGGUGCUCAAGUUGCAAGUCAGUCUCCAUUACGCAGUCAGCAGCCCGUCACCCAGAUGCAGCAAAUUCCGUUACAACAGCAGUCGCAGCAGCAAGGCAUCAGAUCCAGCAGCAAGCACAACAGAAACAGCAGCAACAAGAGUUACCACUAUGCUCCUCCUCCUCCGCCAGGCAUGGCGAUGCCGUACAACCCGUAUAAUUACGCCGGGUACUACCAGGGCUAUGGCUACUACCAAAAUCCACAGUUUGCGCAGUACAGCCCACGAACGCAGUAUCCACCACGCGGCAGCGUGCCCUAUGGAGUUGAUGGGUCCGUCGCAGGAUUUUCGAACCCGCCGAGUAUGCCUUAUCAGGACCAGCACAUGAUGUCUCAGCAGCACGAGUACGCCGGGACAGUACCCCAGGGUUUUGGUGAAAUUAAUGCCGCGUACAUGCAACAGCCGUCAAUGCAGCAGCAGGGUGGCCACCAGCACCACGGUCAUCCGAGCGGCCCACAGAACCACGGCAAAGGCGGCUCCGCUUCUGCUGCUGGAGGUUCUGGCGCGCAACACCCUCACGGCCAGCGCAGUAACGCAGGUAUGCAGAGUUAUCAGAACGCAGGAGGCCGCGACCAUGCAUCGCCACCGGUGCCUAACGCGUCUGCGGCCAUGACUGGUUUAUACGGCCAGCACUACGGCUGGACAGGUAGUUACGGUGCGCAACCUGUUGGCGGUUGGGGUCACAUGAUGCCCCAUGGCUACCAGCAGUCGUCGUCUCAACAACAACAACAGCAAGUACCGCAGCAGCAACAGCAGCAGCCAAAUGCGCAUCAACAGAGCUAUCACCAAUACGGCAACAGUAGUGCUCAGGGUGGUAACACUGUAAACGACGUGAACCAAGCGCGCUGGAUCAGCUCGUAG